AUUAAAAUAAAAAAAAAAUGGAGGCGAAAAAUAGCUCCUUAGCUCUCAUUUUCUCCAUCUUAGUUCUGGUGGUGGCGGCCUCAUUCCCACAGCUCAUUUCCGGCCAAAACUGUGGUUGCAAUGGCCUGUGCUGUAGCAAGUGGGGUUACUGUGGCAUGGGCGAUCCCUACUGCGGUGACGGCUGCCGGGAGGGCCCUUGCUACUCCUCCUCAGGCGGCGGCAGCAGCGGUGGUGGUAGCAGCGGCGGCGGUUCUAGUGUUUCUGAUAUCGUGAGUGAUGCUUUCUUCAAUGGGAUCGCGAAUCAAGCCGGUUCGGGGUGUGAAGGAAGAGGGUUCUACACUCGAUCAGCGUUUCUUAACGCUGCGAAUUCGUAUUCUGGAUUCGGAACCACUGGUUCUACGGAUGAUGCUAAGAGGGAGAUUGCUGCUUUCUUUGCUCAUGUCACCCAUGAGACUGGACACUUUUGCUACAUAAAUGAGAUAAACGGGGCAUCACAGAAUUAUUGCGACGACAAGAACUUCCCCCAAUAUCCAUGUGUACAAGGAAAAGGCUACUAUGGAAGAGGUCCUCUCCAACUAUCAUGGAACUACAACUAUGCAGCUGCUGGAAACAGUAUAGGUUUCGAUGGUUUAGGGAAUCCAGAUAUUGUGGCCCAAGACAAUGUGAUUUCAUUCAAAACUGGGUUGUGGUUUUGGAUGAACAACUGCCAUUCCGUCAUCAAUUCUCAAGGAUUUGGGGCUACAAUCCAGGCAAUUAACGGUCGGAUCGAGUGCAAUGGUGGAAAUUCAGGAGCUGUUAAUGCUAGGGUUGGGUAUUACCAAGAUUAUUGUCGCCAACUUGGUGUCGAUCCCGGUGCUAAUCUCUAUUGUUAAGAUGCAUAUAAUGUCCUUUGCACAAACCGUUUUAGGCACCGAAAAUAAUUGUACUGGUGAUAUUACAUGGGCCAUAAUCGAAACCCUAAGCGUAAUGUUCCCCAUAAUAAAGCAACUUUUCAGAUUUCCUAUUAUUUUUUUUAUAAGAUUAUCUAUCUCGCAAGUAAUAAAAUAUGGUUAUGAAGUUU